ACUUUCAUUUCUUAACUACACUUCAUUUUCACUUCCCACUUCUUUUGGUGUUGGCAGGUUCCUCAUACUUUCACUAUGCCUCCACCGCUAUCCACCGCACCAUCCACACAUCGAUGGCUUGAUAGACACCACACCUCGCUCUCCACGACCGACCUUUGAUCUCAAAGUCCUUUUGUAGUAUUCUGAUUCCACUAUGUCUGAACGCGACUCCUCCGAAGAAGGGUCUUUGGACGCGAACACCGCCCUCGCGUCCUUUCAACAUGACGCUCCCCGACCCGAGAAGCAGAAAGUCGUUCAUUCGCCACCCGGGCAACUGUUCGUGGCCGAGGGUGAGGAGAGCUCGCCGCCUUCAAAUCGACUUGGAUUUGAGGAUGGUAUGGAUAUCGAUGAUGUCGACAAGAAGGAUGCCGAUGAAGAAGACUUGGCCGUCGUGUCUAGUGCGUUUGUAGGAGUGGUCAUUCCUCCGUUCAAGGGGAAGGGAGUAUAUCAUGAUGAUCCGGACGAGAUGGUUGUACGAAGGGUACUCGAUGAAGUGGACGACAUCGACGGUGGACUGUCUUAUAACAUUCGAUUCGCGUAUGGACGGGAACAGAUGGUCAUCUUUGACAAUCUGCUGAAGCUCACCAACGGUAGAGCGGCACUUCACAGAUUUCAAGCAGACGAACCCGAGAGUGACGACAGCGAGAUGGCUCAACCGAGACAGACACGGAAAUCAACCAUGCGAGAGGGCUACGUUGAUUGGGUGGAUGUGGAGUUUUCAGACGGCGAAGGCCCCAGCAGUCGCUUUGCAGGGCGUCAUACCUCCAAACGCCGAAGAGUGACCGGAAACCAGCGACGCCAUCGAGAUGACAGUUCGGAAUCUGACGGUAUCCAUUACCCAGUGAGCGAAGAUGAGACUGAGGGGAGCCCUAGCAAUGUGGAUGAGGAUGACUACGGGCGCCCGCGGCGUAGCAAACGCAAGAUACGCAAGGUACAGAAGAAGACUACACGUAACGGCAAUAUCACCAGGCGAAGCGAACGGUAUUCUUUGCGCCGGAAAGAUUCGGACGACGAGGGUGAGGACGGUAGCAACAACGCGUUCAAUCUCUUGCGCUCUGAUGUUCUACUAUCGAAGAAGCGCAAGGGACGCUGCAAUGACGGUCCUACCCGGCGAUCUGGUCGUGCAAACCGCCAUCAAGAGGACAUGCAAAAAAUCGAUGUUGAAGACAUCUACCGAGACGAUUCCGGCAACGAAAAGGCAGCGCCGAAAGUUCAGGUCACCAAGGAGAUCUACCAGGACUUGCCCACGACGAAUGAGUUCCGCAAACGACACUGCCAGUAUUGCGAUAGCUGUGGCCUGCCUGGUGGACAAUUGAUCUUUUGCCAAGGUUGUGUCCUUGCCUACCAUCCGCAGUGCAUUGGUCAUCGGACCGGCAGAGAACACAUUGUUUCCAAAGUUGCUCCUGACAACUUUGUCUUACAAUGUCGUCGGUGUGUGAAUGUGGCCCGCAAGAAAGACCACACCGCUCCCGAUCACGGCCAAUGUCAAAUUUGCAAGGAGACCGGUCCGGCUUGCGCACCCUUCCGUGAACGCAAGUCCACACAACAAGAGCAGAAGGAACGCCAAGAGAAUUUCGGAGAUGAUCCGAUCAUUGAUGUCGACACGAAGCUGAUUAACAACGUCGAUUGCGUGCUCUUCCGCUGCACACACUGUUGGCUGGCCUUCCAUUUCCAUCAUCUGACACCUCGAAACGCGGUCCAGAUGUCGGUAGAUGCUCAAGAUGUCUAUGAACUUGCCCAGACUCGAUUCUACGAAUACUCGCGGGACUUCAAAUGUCAGGACUGCUCCACGAUGCCCGCGAAAGUUUCUGGGAUGAUCGCAUGGCGACCCAUCGAUCCAGAUACGUAUGUGCAGGGCAUUGGAGCGAGUGAAAUGUAUCAGGAGGAGCUAGAAUACUUGGUCAAGUGGGAGAAGCUCUCUUACUUCCGUGCCAAAUGGAUGCCUGGUGGCUGGACCUGGGGAGUGACUGCCCCUGCAAUGCGGCGCGCAUUUACGACCAAAGACACUGGCCCAAAGAUGAGGACUGAGGAUGCUAUCCCGGAAGACUUCCUCCGGAUUGACAUUGUUUUAAGUGUGAAGUAUACGAAUUACGUUGACGUCCAAACCGAACAGGUCGACAUUGCUCGCAUGAAAGAAGUCGACAAGGCUCUGAUCAAGUACAAGGGUCUACCUUACGAAGAAGCAGUCUGGGAAACCGUCCCCACCACCGAAGACGGGGAACGAUGGGAUGAUUUUAAGACUGCGUAUAAAGAUUGGGUUGUGGGGAGGUAUAUCCGGAUCCCCAAGAGCGGCCCACUCAGAGGUCGUUUGGAAAAGGCCCGCGCACAACAGUUCAUCAAGCUUGAGCUGAAGAAGCAACCGCCCAACUUUGGUGACCUCGAGAAAGACAUGAAGAUGAUGGAUUAUCAGUUGGAAGGUUUGAAUUGGAUCUACUACCGAUGGCAUCAGCAAGCGAACGGGAUUUUGGCCGACGAGAUGGGUCUGGGAAAAACGAUUCAAAUCAUUGGUUUCCUUGCGCAUAUGGUGCACGAGUAUCACUGCUGGCCUUUCCUUGUGGUCGUUCCAAAUUCAACCUGUCCGAACUGGCGUCGCGAGAUCCAAAAAUGGGCACCGAAUCUUAAAGUCGUCACUUACUACGGCACUGCGGCUGCUCGUAUGCUAUCUAAGGAGUAUGAACUCUACCCGGAUAAGAGCAAGGAUCUGAAGGCGCACAUUGUCGUCACUUCAUACGAUGCGGUUUCCGACGACGACGCUCGAGCUCCUUUGAGAGGCGUGCCGUGGCAAGGACUUAUCGUGGACGAAGGUCAGCGGCUUAAGAAUGAUUCUGGACGACUGUAUACCGCAUUGAAAAGCUUCAAGAUUGCCUUCCGCAUCCUUAUGACCGGCACGCCGCUGCAGAACAACGCCCGCGAGCUGUUCAAUCUCCUUCAAUUCCUCGAUGAUCAGAACCACGCCGGGAGCCUGGACGCGCACUUUGAGGAUCUUACGAACGAACGCAUUAAAGAGCUGCAUGAACUGAUUCGGCCUUACAUCCUCCGCAGGACCAAGGUGCAAGCUCUUAGCGACAUUCUUCCUCCGUUGGGUCAUGUCAUUGUCCCGAUUACAAUGAGCUUCCUUCAGAAAAAGGUUUGCAAGUCGAUCCUGGCCCAAAAGCCCGAGUUGCUCAAGACCCUGGUUAACCGCCAGACGGUACACAAGAAUGAUCGUGCGAACCUGAACAACGUGCUGAUGCAGCUUCGAAAAGUAUUGUGCCAUCCCUUCGUCUAUAAUCAAGAGAUUGAGGAGCGCAAUGAAUCCUCUAUCGUGCUGCAUCGCAAUCUUGUCGAGGCUUCUGCAAAGCUCCAGUGGCUUGAGAUGAUCCUUCCGAAGCUCAAAGAGCGUGGGCACCGUUGUCUCAUCUUCAGCCAAUUCUUGGAUAUGUUGAGCAUCGCGGAAGACUUCCUUGAUGGUCUGGGCUUACUUCAUCGCCGCCUUGAUGGAACGAUCUCCGCAAUGGAGAAACAGAAACGAAUCGAUCAGUUCAACGCGCCGGAUUCUCCGUACUUUGCAUUCCUUCUUUCAACUCGGGCAGGUGGUGUCGGAAUCAAUCUUGCCACGGCUGACACUGUCAUCCUUCUUGACCCGGACUUCAACCCCCAUCAAGACCUCCAGGCCAUUUCGCGAGCUCAUCGCAUCGGUCAGACUCACAAGGUCGUCUGCUUCCAGAUGAUGACCCGUGCCUCGCCAGAGGAAAAGAUCCUCUCCAUCGGCCGGAAGAAGAUGGCGUUGGAGCACGUCAUCGUCGGUACACUUGACGCCGAUGACCUCGAGGACCGUGAUGUGGCCUCUAUCUUGAGGCACGGUGCCGCCGAAUUGUUUUCCGACGAGAAAAAUGAGGAAGUGGAGAUCAAGUACGAUGAUACCGCCAUCGAGAAGCUGCUCGAUCGGUCGAUGAUCGAAAGCACGAAGACCGGAGCCAAUCAAUCGGCCGACACGCAAUUCAGCUUCGCGCGAGUCUGGGAGAACGACGGGUUACAGGAUACCCUGGACGACAAGUCCGAUGAUGAACCGGACCCUACCGUGUGGACCAAGAUCCUUAGUGAGCGUGAACGCAUGGCUGCCGAGGAAGCUCGUGCUCGAGAACAGUUGCUGGGGCGUGGAAGGCGGACCAAAGCGGUAGUUGACUAUUCCGGAGGCAAUCAUCUUGAUGCGGAAGUCGUUGGAGAUAAAGAUCUCCCGCCGAUCAAAAAACGCAACCGCCGCAUGCGUGAUGCCGACAGUGCCGACAGCGACACGGACUUUCAAGACGAGGGCGCGGAAGAAGAGGAGAGUGAAGAAGAACCGACUGUACCUCUUCAGCCUGGUGAGUUGGUAGAGAGGUUUGUGGCAGAUCCAAAGGGGGGACUUGCUUUUGCUGGAGCGACUGCUGAACCUGAUACUGGACCCGAUGUCAGAGCGUUUCCAGGGGCUGCGCCUCCCUCUGUUCUUAAGUCCCAGGCACAGGAACUUUCAGGCGGAAAUGGGAGGGUCAAGUAUGGAUCGAAUUCUGCUCCAUUCAAACGCGUGCGAGUUCCCAAAGCGAGGCUCCUCGCUCCGCCGAUCCCCGACCCCACAAAUCCUCACAAGCCGCUACCAAAACAACGCGCCUGUCCUGCUUGUUCACAGGUACAUGCCGUCGGAUCUUGUCCGUUGAAAGUCGCUGGUGUGGAACACUGUCCGCUCUGCGGCCUCGCUCACUAUGGCCAAGGUCGAACAUGUCCGCAUAUCAACUCCGAAACCCAAGUUCGUGAAAUGAUAGCUUGCCUGCAGAUGAGCAACGAGGACCAAGAGCUCGUAGACGCGGCCAUCAAGUAUCUCCGUGGUGUGAAAGGCCACUUGGUCCAGCGGAAGAAGAAAGAGCGAGAGAAUAAAAUGGGCAUCGCUGUUCCCGGACGGGACGGCGCGGCGAAUCAAGCGAGACAAACCGCUCAUCACGCGGUGUCGGGCCAGGUGAUAUCGAACAACCCCGCGGUCGCACGCGGACUGCAGGCGGCUAAUAUGUUGAUCAAUCAAGCGCAGCAUGGUGGCCUGGGUGGCUUGAACGCUCUGCCCUAUUCGUACCAACCGCAAAGUACGCAGCAAGGGUCACGGCCGCCACAGAGUCGGCCGCAGACCAUGGAGGAGAGGUUGGCGAAUGCUAUGCAGGGGGUGGGGUAUCAAUGAGAGAGGAUGGAUGAUCGACACAUGCGCGCAAUGAGCACCUCUACGGAGGAAGAAGCUAAUGGAACGCGUGGAGUCUAAGGUCAUGGUUUCGGACCUCUGACGGCGUUUCACGGCGUCACAGCACUCUUUCCGCAGUGGAAGAAAGAGUUGAAGCGCCCAUGCGGCGACAGGGACGAAUCGCUUCGACCCAAAAAUCAUGGAAGAAUAGCAUGGAUUCCGGAGUACUAUUUAGAGUAGCAUCUUCCAGUUCCGAUAUUCGCAUACCCACUAAACAAUGAGAAGGCUAUUG